GUUUUCCGGUGACAGCAGGGGGAUGACAACAUCACGGCCCUUCUUCCAUUCAAGCUGACUGCAAAACAUCGACACAAAGAAGCCGUCUGCCAUUGGACUUCAGAGUCUGUGUGUUGGGGGAUUUAUUCUUUAUGAGCCACUGGGAGCAGCAGCAUGGCAGAUGACAAGGACGUGUUGAGAGACGUUUGGUUCGGCCGGAUCCCCACCUGCUUCCUCCUGAACCAGGAUGAGGUUACCGAGAGAGAGGCUGAGCCCUACUAUCUGCUGUUACCCAGGGUGAGCUACCUGACUCUGGUCACAGACAAAGUGAAGAAACACUUCCACAAAGUAAUAAGGACCGAUGACGCCGAGGAGAUGUGGUUCGAGUAUGAAGGGACGCCGCUGAAAUGGCACUAUCCAAUUGGAGUCCUGUUUGACCUCCAUGCAUCUAACACUGUCUUACCCUGGAGCAUCACUGUGCACUUUAAGAAUUUCCCGGAGCGUGACCUGCUGCACUGCCCGUCCCACUCUGUGAUCGAGGCGCACUUCAUGUCCAGCAUCAAGGAGGCCGACGCCCUCAAACACAAGAGCCAAGUGGUCAACGACAUGCAGAAGAAAGACCACAAGCAGCUGUGGAUGGGCCUGCAGAACGAUAAGUUCGAUCAGUUCUGGGCCAUGAACAGAAAGCUGAUGGAAUAUCCCACCGAGGACGGAGGCUUCAGAUUCAUCCCCUUCAGGAUAUACCAGACGCUGAGCGACAGGCCGUUCAUCCAGAAACAGUUUCGUCCCGUUUCACCUGAAGGCCACGUGCACACUCUCGGUGACCUGCUGAAGGAGGUGUACCCCGUGGCUUUACCAAAUGAGGGCGGGCCGAAGCGCUUCCAGGUGGUGAUCCACGGCAUCGAGCCGCUGCUGGAGACGCCUCUGCAGUGGCUCAGCGAACACCUCAGCCACCCCGACAGCUUCCUGCACAUCUGCGUCAUCCCCGUGCCCUCGGACUGAGGCCCCGCCCCCCAACACCUCGUUGUCACCGUGACAACAGACCAACCCGACCCACGCCGGCUCGGUAACCGCGGCGCCGGCGCUAAAACGUCGGGGGAAACUCUGAAACUUAAGACGAGAAGGAAGCGUAUUGAUAGAGAUGAACAAAAGGAUGAGGAGGAGGGAUUUAACAAGCCUCCUUUUUCAUCUUGCCGUCUAUUUAUAUUUCUACCACGAAAGAAAGACAUUUAUUUAGGUGGAGAGGCGCUGAGGAUUCCUCCUUCUUCGACUCACUUCUUCUCCUCCUCUCCCACCAAACCCUAGGGAGGAGAGGAGGGGGACAGAUCCCUCGUGUCCGUCAUCUAUCCUGCCACACAUCUUUCUCCUCCGAUAUUUUGGGCGAUUUGGGGAAUCCUCUCCUUCUGAAGUUGCCUUAGUUUCCACGAUCAUGCACUAACCCCCCCCCCCCCUGCAGAAACACCUCUGGACACAAAGUUUACAACACAGCCUGCGAACGUUAUCGCCAUCUACAAAAAAAAACUCUCCAGGAACUUCUGGUGCUUCGUGUUUGACUUUUAACAGAGGAUUUUUCUUUUUGUCGGAUGCUUGCGUGCACUGACGCUUGACAAAGUGCGAGGGACGGACACUUUGGGUUUCUCUCCACUGAUCCCAGAACACUUGUUGCCACCGUUUAAAGUUAUUUGAUGAAGCAAUUUAACAAGCAGACACGUGUCCUCAUCUGGUACUCAUCCAUAAUUAGCAUGACAUUGCAGCUUUAACAAGAAAACGACAUUUCUUUGUUUAAUUUAAGAGAAAUUCAAACUUAUUUUCAUAGCUGGAAUAAACAAAUAAAUGUGUGAUGGGAUCUGAUACCAUGUUAAACAAUAAAUUACAUGUUCUUUGAUUUUAACUCGUUGUUUUUGCAGACGACAGAUGGGUGAACAUGGUUUUUCCGCAGGGUGUCUUAUGAGAGCCGGCUAUUUUUAUGGAGCUAAAAACAAGGGGGUCAUGGGAAAAAAAAUCCACACGUGUUUUCAAUAGCAGGUGUUGAUUUCUGUCCGUCAAUACAAACACAGUUUAGCGGUUUUACUGUCUGUUUUUGUCAGGUUUGGCUCGAGCCUCUUUGUCUGCAGCCAAACUUAAACGAGCAUCUGGUUUUCGUUUUAAGAACUCUGCGUCGAUAAUGAGACAGCAGGAAGGAUUAGCGCUAAGUCUGCAGGCUGUCGAGGUCCACGGUUGUUCGACAUAUGCUUUCGUUGGAACAUUUUUGUUUGUUGUUGAAAAAAAAUUGGCAAAAGAAGACUUUGGCAGGACAUCACGAGGACCGCCCAGAUCGGAUGAUAUUAAAACCAUAACCAAUAAAUCACUAUGUUUUUGUUUUUUUAGCAAAGUUUGCAUUGUACAGCAGCGUCUCGUCAUCUCGGGGUUUUGUUUUCUACAUGUCUUCAUACUGAAAUAAAAUGUGACUCAAAGAAUUCAACUAUUAACCGGAAAUGACUUCAAAUAAAAGUUUAUUCAAGCA